AUGCCGAGACCAUCCCAGCUAGCUCCUAGAUUCUUUUCGGCGGAACGACACAUUCCCUCGAAACCGACACCGACACAAGACCCCGAAGGUUCAAAGCAGUCGACUGAAUCAUCUUCAAACCCCGAAGAGGUUGAACCGUCCACCGAGACGCCGUGGUUCCUCGAGGUUGAGCCACCAAGACAUCCACCCAGCCUUCAUACACCCACUCUACCAAAAGCUCCAGAAGAGUCUCCUGAGCUUGUAGAGCCAAUGAUCAAGUAUAUAUAUGAAGACAUGGGCUUAGACGACAUUUCCCUAAUGGAUCUUCGUGACCUGGAUCCUCCCGCGGCGUUAGGCCCCAGCCUAAUCAUGCUUUUUGCAACAGCGAGAAGCGAACGGCAUCUACAUAUUUCGUCUGGCCGAUUUGUGCGAUGGUUACGACGUAAUUAUAAAGUGGACGCACGAGCCGAUGGACUCAUUGGGCCUGGUGAAUUGAAGACUAAAUUGAGACGAUUGCGAAAGAAGGCAAAGCUGAUGGGUACCAACACGAUGAUCCUUCCUGGCGGUGACAACGGUAUUUCUACUGGAUGGGUCUGUGUCAACUUCUCUACCAGCGACAGUGUCUCUGAUGAGUCUGUCAACUUUGACGAGAGCGGACGGUUCUCUGGGUUUGGUGCGUCUCCAACUGGAACUACCAUUGUUGUGCAGUGCAUGACGGAACCUAGGCGGAAUGAGCUUAACCUGGAAACUUUGUGGCAAGGUGUGUUGAAGCGAAACUUGGAGCAGACAAUGAAAAUCAAGGGGCAAGCUAUUCAGGAUAAAGAGGAGUUGGAGAAGCUGGUAUCUUCCAAGAUUCAACAGCCCGAUAACCCAGCUGCCGCCCAGUGGCAAAAGAUGGAACAGGCUUCACGGCAGCAAAGAUACUUCUCCACGAGUGCCCGAAGAUUGCGACCUCAGCAAGCUGCGGUUGCUGGCUCGGAGAUCGAAAAGUCCAGUAACCCUAACCCGCCAACAGAAUUUGGAGAAUCACAGCUCAACACCCUCCAGCGACACAUCACGGACCUUCACAUUUCCGGGACGUCUCUCAGUCAAGGAACUCUUGAGCGCUUAAUAUCAGCAGUGCUUCAUGCACCCGCGUCAGAAGAUAGCGCAUCAGUGCGCCUGGAACUGGUCGAUCAACUACUCCAGUCUGCGGAGGAACGCGGCAUCUCCGUCCAAUCCAAAGACAUGCUUGUUGCUCUCAUCCAAGCAAUAGUAACGUCCCCAGCUUACGGACCUGAAUUGGAGCGAGCGCAAAGAAACUUGGAGUUCCUACUUUUAGACCUCCAGACACCAUUAGAUCUGGAACAGAGUCUUCAGCUCAUGACGGCCUAUGCGGAGCGACGGGAUUGGGACCAGUUCUGGGACACUUUCCGUGCGCCUUCCAGAUUUCGGGUAGCCCGAUCGGCAGAACUAUACGAGUUGGUGUAUCGAGUCAUGGUUUCUACCCAGGACGCCAAGAUGUGCACAGAUGCAUUGCGCUGGGUAUAUCCGGAGAUGCUGAAGGAGGAGCCUCCCGUUUAUCCCACUGGUGCGGUCUACAAUGCGCUCAAAGCCUGCAUCCUGGUAGCUGAUCCGGCUGCAGAGGAGUUGCUUCAUAACCCACCCUCCUCGGAUACGCUAGAUACUAUUGGGCGGCGACGUCUGCAGCAUCGCGAGUUUGUACGGGUUCUCAGAGAAGUGGAAGAUGCGCAUCGUCACUUUGUCGGUAGCCAAGCGAGAGAAGAGCGGGCGCAGGCUCUGCACCGCUUCACGGACAGAGACGCACCGCGGUAA